AUGCCUCGCUCUUCUCCAACUCCAACCUCCGCCACACCCUUGCAACAUCCACCUUCUCGACCACUGCUUUCGCGAAGCGCUGUCACUGUUGUCCUCCGCCGCAUGUCAGGCGCAUCCUCGCCUGCGCUUGAGACGUCGGAGCUGGCUGUGGCAGCUGACUGCAUAGGUCAUGCGCCUCUGAAGCUCACCGGCCUCAGGCUCUAUCACUCGACCAAGAAGCUUGCUAACCUCGAUCGCUCUUACUCGGAAGCAGGUCAUAAUCGAACAAUGUCUCCCGAGAGCGUUUCGUCCUUGUUUCCGCAGAGACCCAUUCGUCCUUUGCCCAAGCGUCGUCUGCGGGAACGCCUUUCCCCCGAAGUCGCGGACUCCAUCGAGUACCCCCCGGCGAACCAGAACUCCAGCCCCCUGUUUUACUACCCAAACAUUGCACGAGAUGAACGUCCGGCGAGGACAGGAGGGCCGAACUAUACCAGUCGAGGUGAUGUUGGAUAUGAUGACAGCCCGCGAGGCAUUGGGGGAGCCGGGGAGAGUGAUGAGGAGGAGCUCUCCCUCAGCAGCAGCAAGGUUGUUCGUCGCUCGCAUCCAGAGAUCUUGAACCGCAUGCCAACGAUGCCUCCGAAGCCCGAACACUCCAAACACCCGAAUCCGCAACCCCCACCCUCGACAGCAUCUUCCGUAGAUGGGUACGAGUCCUUUGAGAAUACCAACAACAAGAAGAAGCGGAAGAUACCAACGGCCGGAGACUCGGCACUCUCUGCUGUGCACUCGCUAGGAGACAUAAGCUCUCUGGGUGUGUCAGCGACAGCCUCUCCGUCAAACGACCAUGGUGACCUUGUCGGAUCAGUAUCGCCGUCAUACUAUGGGGCCGGAAGUGUUGUUGCGAACAGCCAGGGCAUCUCGGGACCAGGAAGAGGCAGAUUCGGCAGGUCGCGGAACGGUAGAAGCCCUCUCAGAGCUCUGUCCGACGCAACAAACAACUGGGUUGGUAGGGGAGCCAAGAUCCGGCCGCCUCAAUGGGCAACGCCAGGCGAAAAUCACGGCAUUAUAUCUAGUGCCAUCGCUAAUGCCGAAAAACUCCCAUCGACCCCGGGGCAGGAAAACGUAAGCCUGUUACAUCAGCAUUCCUCCAGUGUCAAGUCUAGCCCGACUGCUACACAAUUCACCUUCACCUGCGACUCGCCUGUCCCCAAGCCUCAGUGGCCAGGGACUGAUCCUGCUGGUUCUCAGUCUGGAUACGGCCCUGUUGGCAAAGCCAAGCACAGUUCAAUGGCGACACAGACCCCGUCGGACCUGGCCAGCACGCAUGCUGGCCAACCUACAGCGCCAACCAGCAAGCCAAAUGCCCAACCUGGCGCGUCGAAGAAGAAAAGUCGUUGUCGAGCCGAGAAGGAACUUCGAAUGGCGGCCAAGCAGCGCCGCCAGGAAGCCGAGUACAAGUAUUACAACAAUCCGCCCAAGCCUGAGGAUAUGUGGAUUUGCGAAUUCUGCGAAUACGAGCGCAUCUUUGGCGAGCCCCCCUUCGCCUUGAUUAGACAAUACGAGAUCAAGGACCAGAAAGCCCGGCGCAAGGAAGAGGAACGCAAGCGACUCCUGGAGAAGGCCAAGGCUAAGAGCCGAAAGGGAAAGAAACCAGCCAAGUCGCCCGGCAAGGCGCCUUCACCCCAGAACCUGUCCCAGGACCAAGGUGGCAAUGUGCCCAUGACCUCGGCUGUGAGCAACUCUACUCAUGACGAUGAUUAUGUCGACGAUUAUCCGCAUGACGAUGAGGAUUUUGAGGGCUCGUACUCUCAGGAGGAUCCACCGAUGCUUCUUAGCGAUGAUCCAGACGGUGAUCAGGAACAUGAUUGCACCUGCCCAACUUGUGGAGACUGUGGCGGACGCGAGAAACAAGUAGACGACCCCGGCGAUACCAUUCAGUGA